GGAGCCGAGCGGAGCGGAGCGGUGGUCGGAGAUGUGGCGACCGGCGUCCACCUUCAAGGUUGGCAUCUGCUGUCUGAUUCCGUGGCUGGGCACUGUUGCCGCUUCCUUCUGAGAUGAGGACUGCUUUCCUCUGGCCACUGGUCAGUGGUCUCAGCAGCAGGAAAUAAGACUGAGGGGACAUUCAGAGACGGGGUGUUUGGUGAACUGUCAGCAUUUAAUGCAUCAGCUCUGGUUAAGCUGCGUUUAGCCUUCUCUCCUGUGAUACUGGGACUCUCAGCCUUCCUCCUGGGAGUUGCAGCUUUGCCAUUUCCACUCUGCUCUGCUGCACAGCAGGCAGAAGCCGUGGCCGUCCCCUGCUGCAUUCUUCAGGAGAAACGUCAGGGUCCUUCCUCCAAGGUUCUCGAGCCCCACACCCCUGUGGAGGAAGGUGCUGUCUACCGCAGUCAUUGGGGUGCCCCUGCUCCUUGGAGCCCGCUAUGUCAUGGCAGAGGCACGGGAGAAGAGGAGAAUGCGGCUCGUGGUGGAUGGCAUGGGGCGCUUUGGCAGGUUCAAGCGACUCUCCUGCCUCAGCCUCCCAAGUAGCUGGAAUUACAGGUCUCUGAAGGUCGGCCUGCAGAUCUCCCUGGACUACUGGUGGUGCACCAAUGUUGUCCUUCGAGGGGUGGAAGAGAACAGCCCGGGCUACUUGGAGGUGAUGUCUGCAUGUCACCAGAGGGCGGCUGACGCCCUGGUGGCAGGGGCCAUCAGCAACGGGGGCCUCUACGUGAAGCUGGGCCAGGGGCUGUGCUCCUUCAACCACCUGCUUCCCCCCGAGUACACCCAGACCCUGCGCGUGCUGGAGGACAGGGCCCUCAAACGGGGCUUCCAGGAGGUGGACGAGUUGUUUCUUGAGGACUUCCAGGCCCUGCCCCAUGAGCUCUUCCAGGAGUUUGACUACCAGCCAAUUGCUGCCGCCAGCCUGGCACAGGUGCACAGAGCCAAGCUGCACGAUGGCACCAGCGUGGCUGUGAAGGUGCAGUACAUCGACCUGCGGGACCGCUUUGACGGGGACAUCCACACCCUGGAGCUCCUGCUGCGGCUCAUUGAGGUCAUGCACCCCAGCUUUGGUUUCAGCUGGGUCCUCCAGGACCUGAAGGGGACCCUGGCCCAGGAGCUGGACUUCGAGAAUGAGGGCCGCAACGCGGAGCGCUGUGCGCAGGAGCUGGCGCACUUCCCCUACGUCGUGGUGCCCCGCGUGCACUGGGACAAGUCUAGCAAGCGCGUGCUCACCGCCGACUUCUGCGCCGGCUGCAAGGUCAACGAUGUGGAGGCCAUCAAGAGCCAGGGACUGGCGGUGAAGGACAUAGCAGACAAGCUCAUCAAGGCCUUUGCUGAGCAGAUAUUUUACACGGGCUUCAUCCACUCGGACCCACACCCUGGCAACGUUCUGGUGCGGAAAGGCCCGGACGGGACAGCGGAGCUGGUGCUGCUGGACCAUGGGCUCUACCAGUUCCUGGAGGAGAAGGACCGCGCAGCCCUGUGCCAGCUGUGGCGGGCCAUCAUCCUGCGGGACGACGCCGCCAUGAGGGCGCACGCAGCCGCACUGGGGGUGCAAGACUACCUCCUGUUCUCCGAGAUGCUUAUGCAGCGCCCCGUGCGCCUGGGGCAGCUGUGGGGCUCACACCUACUGAGCCGCGAGGAGGCAGCCUACAUGGUGGACAUGGCUCGCGAGCACUUCGAGGCCAUCAUGGCGGUGCUCAGGGCGCUGCCGCGACCCAUGCUGCUAGUACUGCGCAACAUCAACACCGUGCGCGCUAUCAACGUGGCCCUUGGCGCCCCCGUGGACCGCUACUUCCUUAUGGCUAAGAGGGCCGUCCGGGGCUGGAGCCGCCUGGUGGGCGCCACGUACCGGGGUGUCUACGGCACCAGCCUCCUGCGCCAUGCCAAGGUUGUCUGGGAGAUGCUCAAGUUUGAAGUGGCGCUCAGGCUGGAGACCUUGGCCAUGCGGCUGACUGCCCUCCUGGCUCGUGCUCUGGUGCACCUCAGCCUCGUGCCCCCAGCGGAUGAGCUUUACCGGUACCUGGAGACCUAGGGUGCAUGGCCCGACGACCACGGCAGCCGCCUGGGGCCUGCGGGGCCCUUUACGCCUUGAGCCGACAGAGGUGGCGGGGCUGGAGGUGUGGACGCCUCGAGCCUCGUGGGCACUCGCGUUGGGGGGCUGUGACCGCAGCUGGGCCAGGAGGCCAUGUAAUGACCACACACUCCUCUCAA